UGCCAUUCUACCCCACGCUACGCUAUAAAAACUGACCAUUCGUUUCCCCACACCCAUUCUUUGAUACACAUUUUCCCAUCAUGACCUCUGAACAGUUUCACGGAUAUGCUGCCUAUGAGAAAUCGGGUGAGCUAAAGCCUUUUGCGUACACGCCUCGUCCCCUUGGAGAAGAGGAUGUCGAGAUCAAGAUCCACUACUGUGGGAUCUGUGGAAGUGAUAUUCAUACCAUUGAUUCUGGAUGGGGACCGACGCCUUACCCGGUUAUUCCUGGCCACGAAAUUGUCGGCCAAGUGACGGCAAAAGGGGCCAAAGUCACCCAUCUCAAUGUCGGUGAUCGGGUUGGAGUUGGAGCUCAAUGCUAUGCCUGUUUCAAGUGCAGAGACUGUGAUCGUGGUUAUGAUAAUGCCUGCGAUCGCAAAUUGUGGACAUAUGCGUCAAAGUAUCCUGAUGGAGAAACGACACAAGGAGGAUAUGCGGACAAGGUUCGAUUGCAGGCGCAAUAUGCGUUCAGAUUGCCGGAAGCGCUCGAGUCGACUGUUGCCGCGCCGUUACUCUGUGCCGGGUUGACUACCUACGCGCCAUUGAAGCGUCAUGGUGCAGGUCCUGGGAAGCGUGUUGGAGUUUUGGGUAUUGGCGGUUUGGGCCACCUAGGUCUUCAAUGGGCUCGAGCAUUGGGCGCCCACGUCAUUGCCAUCUCACAUUCGCCCAAAAAGAAGGACGAGUGCCUUCGUUUGGGUGCGCACGAAUUCAUAAACAUGGGUGGCGAUAAGGCAGAGAUCAAAAAAUACCGCAACACGCUCGACUUGAUCCUUUGCUGUGCGAAUCCCCGCAACCAAGACUGGCCUCUUUACUUGAGCCUUCUCGACGUUCAUGGAAAACUCGUUAUUGUGUCACUUCCCGAAGAACCCCUGGUCAUCCCCCCGUUCUCAUUGACUGGAAAGCAAGUGUCUGUUGUGGGUAGUGCCAUUGGAAGCAAGGCAGAAUUGGAAGACAUGCUAGAGUUUGCGGCCAAGCAUGAUGUCAAAGCUCAGGUCGAGGUUUUACCUCUCCGUGAUUGUCAAAAGGCGAUAGAUCGGGUUCGAAAGGGAGAUGUGAGAUAUCGGUUCGUGUUGGAUACUGCUCAAGCGAAAAUGUAGUGCACACGAAGGAUGCAAAGAUGCAGUGCAUAUCAAGGAAAACUGUAAUUAACUAGUAAGCAAGCGGAAGUGUUGCAAUCUCACUGUAGUUUAUAAGCAAAUUAAAUGUCAUUAAAUGGCGGGAACAAAAAUAAUGGAAUCACUUGAGUGUACCAAGAACCGAACAGUAACUUUCCAAACUUGUUCAAAUUAUUGAAAAUG